GGGGGAAGAAGAGAUAUGACGGAAUACGAUGAUCGCAGCUGUGCGUCAAAUAUGUAUUUACCGAGCUGUACUUAUUACGUUUCGACGCCUGAUUUUACAUCAGUCUCCUCCUUUUUACCGCAGACUACUUCGUGUCAGAUCAAUUUCCCGUAUUCUUCCAACAUAGCCCAAAUCCAACCUGUCCGAGAAGUCGCCUUCAGGGAUUAUGGACUGGACCAUCCUAGCAAAUGGCACUACAGGGGAAAUUACGCGUCUUACUACUCGACAGACGAGAUAAUGCACCGGGACUUGAUCCAGUCCUCGGGCAGCAGGGCGGAUGUGAUUUUCAAAAACGACUCCUUGUACGGCCACCACGGGGGCACCAGCUCGCCGUGUAAUUUCUUCAACAGUGUCGGCCGAAACGGGGUUCUCCCCCAGGUCUUCGACCAGUUUUUGGAAACUCCUAAAUCGGACAAGCCCAACGCGGAGCUGCCCGGACAAAAGACAGACUCUGCUGCUGCUGAAGAUGCUGCAAAUAACAAUCAGGAUCUAACCAAACUGGAGCAGCACAAAGCUGAGCCAAGCGCGGACGAGGACUCAUCCUCCAACUGCGGCGACAAGAACAACCAACAGAGUUCAUCAACCAAGUCCAGGAAGAAGAGGUGUCCUUACACCAAAUACCAGAUCCGAGAACUUGAACGAGAGUUUUUCUUCAACGUGUACAUUAACAAAGAGAAGCGUCUCCAGCUGUCCAGGAUGUUAAACCUGUCCGAUCGGCAGGUGAAGAUUUGGUUUCAGAACAGAAGAAUGAAAGAGAAAAAGCUGAAUCGCGACCGCCUACAGUAUUUUACCGGGAAUCCUUUAUUCUGAUAGUUGUACACACACACACACACACACACACACACACACACACACACACACACACACACACACACACACACACACACACACACACACACACACACACACACACACACACACACGGCAGUGGAGCUAUACACACACGUCUUAAAGACUGGUCCUCCCUGCAUAUU